ACGUUGAAAAGUAUCACUUUCAUCAGCUAUCUAUUACUUUUGACUGCUCGAUAUUGUCAGGAUCAACUAGUAUGGCAUGUCCCCAUAAUCCUUUGCGCGUCACAAUAGUUGCCAGUCAUUCUGCCGACGAGACGAAUACAGUAUGAAAGAGACAACAGCCAAGAGACGCGAGAAAUCCAAGGACUCCAAAGCUGAUAAACAGAAGGAUGCGGGCCCCGAGCCGCAGGAUGUGGAGAUGCCGGAGGAAGACUCUGCUACUGCAGAGAAGAAACCCAAGGAACUUGAUACCCUCACACUUGAAGACAUCAAGGAGCAUGUAAAGCAGAUAGAGAAGGCCGUGUCGGGCAAGGAGCCUCGCUUUGUGCUGAGGGCCUUGCGUGCCCUGCCCUCCACCAGCCGCCGCCUCAACCCCAACGUGCUGCACAAGGCUGUGUCUGGCUUCUACACCUCCAAUGCCGCCGGCAAGGAGUUCCUACUCAGCUUCCUGGAGGAGCCCAUGGACACCGAGGGAGAUGUCCAGUUCAGGCCCCGUACAGGAAAGGCAGCUGCCACCCCCCUGAUCCCUGAGGCGGAGGCCUACCUGCAGCUGCUCCUGGUGGUUUACCUCACCAACAACAAACGCUACACAGAGGCCCAGAAGGUGUCAGACGAGCUCUUGCAGAAGAUCGGCCCUCAGAACCGGCGUGCUCUGGACCUGGUGGCUGCUAAGUGUUACUACUACCACUCCCGCGUCUACGAGUUCCUCAACCAACUGGACACCGUGCGUAGUUUCCUGCACACGCGCCUGAGGACAGCCACCUUGCGGCACGACGCCGACGGCCAGGCCACGCUGCUCAACCUGCUGCUGAGGAACUACCUGCAGUACAACCUGUACGACCAGGCUGAGAAGCUGGUGUCCAAGUCAGUCUUCCCCGAGCUGGCCAACAACAACGAGUGGGCCCGCUACCUCUACUAUACAGGUCGUAUCAAGGCUAUCCAGCUGGAAUACACAGAGGCCAGGAGGACCCUGACCAACGCCUUGAGAAAGGCCCCCCAACACACAGCUGUGGGCUUCAAACAGACAGUCCACAAGUUGCUGAUUGUGGUGGAGCUGUUGCUUGGGGAGAUCCCAGACAGGCUGCAGUUCCGCCAGGCUCCACUGAAGAGAUCCCUAGCGCCCUAUUUCCUGCUCACCCAGGCUGUCAGGACGGGUAACCUGGCCAAGUUCAACCAGGCCCUGGAUCAGUUUGGAGAGAAGUUCCAGGCAGACGGCACCUACACCUUGAUCAUCCGCCUGCGACACAAUGUCAUCAAGACAGGUGUGCGUAUGAUCAGCCUGUCAUACUCUCGUAUAUCCCUGGCAGACAUCGCUCAGAAGCUGCAGCUGGACAGUCCAGAGGAUGCUGAGUUCAUAGUGGCCAAGGCUAUCCGUGAUGGAGUGAUCGAAGCCAGCAUCAACCAUGAGAAAGGCUAUGUUCAGUCUAAAGAGACCAUGGAUAUCUACGGUACCAGGGAGCCCCAGCUGGCCUUCCACCAGAGGAUCUCCUUCUGCCUGGACAUACACAAUAUGUCUGUCAAGGCCAUGAGGUUUCCACCCAAGGCUUACAACAAGGACCUAGAAUCAGCAGAGGAGCGCAGAGAGCGGGAGCAGCAGGACCUGGAGUUCGCCAAGGAGAUGGCCGAAGAUGACGACGACAGUUUCCCAUGAUCCUCUCAGGGGAGCAAGUGCAAAGAUGCCUUGACGUUUUUUCCCUUUCUCUCCCCCUCCAUCCUCCCUCGUGUAAUAGUUGUUUUUGUUUAUUUCUCUGCAGGCAAAAGGCCAUUAUAAAGUUAUAUAUAUAUGUUAGCAUUCUAACAUAUAAUAAGAACACCUCUAUUCAACCCUACCACUGGUCCUCGUUGUCCCUGCUUUUAGACUUUGCGUUUCACUGUUAACUUGCUGGUGGAAGCAUUUGGUGUAUCUGUACUGAGUUUGAGGCCAGCACACAAAUAAACAGUCUUUGUCAAUUUAA